GCUGAAAUUAAUGAAGUUUUAGUUAUAAUUUCUAGCACAAGUUUCUUUUCAAGAAACAUGGUUGUGCUAGUGAUUGUUGUGUGCGUCCUUUCGUGUGCUGUAGUGCUUCAUCUCUUCCUGUGGCUCCACCGACCCCUCCUGAACUUCGCCUCGGCGGCCCACCGCGCGGGGCGCCGAGCCCGGGUGCUGGUGGUCACGGCGCACCCCGAUGACGAGUGUAUGUUCUUCGCGCCGACCCUGCUGGAGACACUGCGGCUGGGACAUCAGGUCUUCCUGCUGUGUCUGUCAACAGGUAACUUUGAGAAGAAGGGCGCCACCCGGCGACGUGAACUGUUGGAGAGUGCAGCAGUCCUGGGGAUCCCAGCUGACAAUGUCACUGUUGUGGACAAUCCUGAUCUUCCUGAUGACAUCAGCACAGCCUGGGACACCAAACUGGUCGCAGAGAAGAUUUUGGAGCAUGUCAUCGACACAUCUGCAAAUGUGGUCAUAACCUUUGACCAGUAUGGGGUCAGCGGUCACAAGAACCACAGCAGCCUGUUCCAUGGGGUCAACAACCUGAUGAAGAGGGGACACAUGCCUGACAAUGUACUGGUCUAUGUUCUUGAGAGUGUGAACCUCAUGAGAAAGUACACCUCAGUCCUAGACGUCCUACCCAGCAUCCUCAGCUCUGCUAAUACCCUGUUCCUGUCUGGAUACCCAGCAAUACUGAAGGCUCAGCGUGCGAUGUGCACCCACAGGUCACAGCUCGUCUGGUUUCGAUGGCUGUACAUUGCCUUCUCAAGAUACAUGGUCAUCAACACACUCAGGCCGCUGGGCAGAUAGCACCGGUCCAAACUGGUUUUAACCAGUCCUCUUAACUGUGCUUUGCCUAGAUCCUAAAAGCUCAUGGUCAUCAGCUACCUCAGGCCUUUGGUCAAAUAGUACCAGUCCAAACAAGUUUCAACCAGAUAAAGCUAGUUCUCUAGGUUUGUACACUGCAUCAACCCCAGGCAUUGGGUCAAAUGGCACCAGUCCAAACUGGUUUCAACCAGAUUAAACUGGUUCUGCUGGGUGUAUAUUGCUCAAGGUACAUUGUUAUCAACAGCCACAGACCUCAACCUUAGAUAGUACCAGUUCAACUGGUUUUACCAGAUUUUACUGGUUUCAGCCAGACUGUACCAGUUCAAAACAGUUUUGAGUGGACUCAACUGUUUCUAGCAUAAACCCUACAGAUACCCAGAGAGACAUUUGACAAGGUAAAAGAAGACAUUGACACUUGCUUGUCUAUGAAUUAUAGAUCUCUUUGAUGUAGUAUUGAAUAAAAUAAUCAUAUCAAGGAGUUUCAAAUUCAUUGCUUAUGUUGAGACCAAAA